GCUGCUCGAAGAAAGAGGCUGGCCAGGGAAGCGCAGCUGGCGCAAGAGAAGCAGGCGGCAGAAAAGGCUGCCCGGGAAAAGAAGCUGGCUGAAGAAAAGCUGGAGGCAGAAGAGGCUGCCCGAGAAGAGAAGCGGAAGCGGAAGCGGGCUGAAGAAAAGCUGGAGGCAGAAAAGGCUGCCCGGGAAAAGAAGCUGGCUGAAGAAAAGCUGGAGGCAAAAGAGGCUGCCCGAGAAGAGAAGCGGUUUCGGAAGCGGGCUGAAGAAAAGCUGGAGGCAGAAAAGGUUGCCCUGGAAAAGAAGCUGGCUGAAGAAAAG